AUCACCGAUGGAGCGGCCGUUGGCGGACAGACUUACGACUACGUGAUUGCCGGCGGCGGCCUCAGCGGGGUCGUCCUAGCUGCUCGACUGUCCGAGGACGCCAGCAAGACCGUGCUCGUGAUUGAGGCUGGCAAGGACGAAUCCAACAACAACCUUGUGAAGGGUCAGUACGCGGACCGGUACCAGCAGGCCUUCAAUACACCCGUCGAUUGGGCGUAUGAGACGGUCGCGCAGUCGAAUGCCAACGGCCAACGGCAGAUUAUGCGCUCCGGCAAAGCUCUUGGGGGCAGCACAGUCAUCAACGGGAUGGCUUGGAGCAAGCCGCACGACUUUCAGCUUGACGCGUUUGAGUCCGUCGGCAUCGCCGGUGUCAGCUGGGCCUCUCUGCAGCGAUACAUGCUUCAGGUGGAGAACUUCCAUGCCCCAGACCCAUCGCAAGGGGUAACAUACACCCCAUCAUGCCGCGGCACAGGCGGCCUAAUCGACACGUGCAUCAUCGGGACCCCGGCCAAGUUCGAGGCCGACUUCACGGCCGCAUUACGGGGACUUGGUCUCCCGUUCGUCGAUGAUUUGACGUGCGGAACUCCCGCCGGCCUUGGGCCAAUGUCUCACAACUCGUUCAACAACAUCCGCUCGGAUGCGUAUCGCGCCUACCUGCUGGGAACGACCAAGCCGAACCUUACCAUUCUCACCAGUGCCACAGUCGGUAAGGUAGUGCUCUCGAAUGACACUGUUCCCCGUGCGACCGGCCUCGAACUGCGCGACUCCUCCGGCCAGACGUACACCGCCUACGCCCGCCGAGAGGUCCUCAUGGCGACAGGAUCGCUUCGCACUCCAGUUAUCUUGCAGCACUCUGGCAUCGGCCCGGCAUCGUUCCUUGCGUCUGCUGGUGUGCAGCAGCGCGUUGACCUGCCAGUGGGUCAGAAUCUCAUUGACCAGGUGACGACGACGACCAACUGGAACAUUGACGGGGCGGGCGGCGGCGGUCAGCCUAUCACCUGGCCCCGCUUUGACGACCUGUUCAAAGACGCGGACGCCGUUCGCGCCCGUGGCAUGCUCGAGAACAACCUGGGCGCUUGGGCGCAAGAUGCGGUUGCCGCGGGCGCCGCCGGAAGCGUAGCGGGUAUCCAGAAAGUCCUCGAGAUCCAGCGCGACUGGAUCUUGAGCAGGGACGCUGGUAUGAGCGAGAAUUACGACUACACAUACGGUACAACGCUGGGCUGGGACUCAUGGUUCUUGCUUCCCUUUGGCCGCGGAAGUGUGCGCAUUACGAACGCAGAUGCGUAUGGCAGCUUUAGCAUUGACCCACGCUACUUUGCCAACGAGUUUGACACUCUCGCGUCUGGCGCCACCGCGCGCUUCACUCGUUUGGCGUCGAACUCAGGCCCGCUUGUGGAUCACGUCACCGGCGAGCGUGACCCCGGGAGCGCCACGAGCAACGACCUCGACGACUGGGCUGCGUGGGUCAAGACGCAUUAUCGCUCGAACUGGCACCCGAUCGGCACGGCCGCCAUGAUGAGCAAGGAACUGGGCGGCUGUGUUGAUGCGCGCCACCGUGUGUAUGGCGUUGGGGGACUUCGAGUCGUCGACGGCUCAAAUCUCCCAUUCCAGCUCUCAAGUCACCUCAUGACCGUGCUUUAUGGGCUCGCAGAGCGUGCCGCAGAGCUCAUUGCAGCCGAU